AUGGAGAAACUAAAAGAGCCAAGGAAAAAUGUUCAUUUUAAGAACAAGAGAAAUAUUUUGAAGAAAAUGAAUAAAAAUUCUGGAGCUGAUCAAAAACUUCAUCGAAGACUUCAUAUCAGCGAUGAUGAAUCAAAUGAUGAAGAAUUCAAACAAUUUACUCAAGCUGCACCGAAAUUCUUCAACAUCAAGACAAUGCCAAAAUUCAAUCAAAAUAGUUUUAAUUAUCAAACUGGUUUGGAUGGAAAUGUGAUGAAGAACAUUCCCUUCAUGCCUUUAUUAAACUCAGGAUUAGAAACACGACAACAACAUAUCAACACAGCAACUCAUAUAAAUCAUGCUCAACGAAAAAUUCCGCCCGUGCCACCACAAAGACAAAUCUUUCGAUCUGAUCCAGAAGGAAUGCAACAAACGCCAGCAUCUCAAGAAUUUAAUGAAAACAGAAAAAGUAUUCAAAUGGCAACUGUCCAAGCAACAAAUCAUCCUAGAAUACCACCAAAACCGUUCAUUAAUUUCGACCAUCAACAGUCAAACUUGUUGAUUCAUAAUCAAUUCGUUUUUGCACGCGCACACAACAUACAAAAUAAUUCCAUCGCCAAUACAACAAAUUUGCAACAUCAAAUGUCGCCUAAAACUCAUUCAACUCAUUUUCAAGCAGUUCAUCAUGAACUGAAAGCAAAUCAAAUGUAUUUCAAAUCGAAACAACAAUUAGCACACAAACAAUUGUUACCCAACAGAAUGUGCGGUGUAAUGAACGAGUAUGUGGAAAAUCGUGCGGAAAAAAGCGAUCCAGAAAAUCAUAUUUAUGAGAUGAUUGAUGAACAUGAAGUGAGUGUCCAUAAUUUCCAACCACCAACAAUUGCUGACGAUUCGAAAGAAAAUUCCAAUAUAUUCCAAAAUUUAUUACGAGCUGAGAUGAUGAGUCAAAUUCAAUCGUGCAGUAAAAUUGGGAAAAAUGGAUAUUUAAGUCAUCUCACGCAAGAGAAACGAAUGGACAUCAUUCAAGAGACUGCAUUGAGUCUCGCAAGUGCAGCAUAUCUCGAAAAAGCUGCACAACGAAUGGUGUCAGCUGCGAAUGGCACGAAGAGUAGUCGAACACAUGGAAAUGGAUCAGAACGUGGAGGCUUUUGUGGAGCUCUACAAAGAGCUCCGCCACUUAUGCCGCCGUCUCUUGCCAGACGCUUAUCGAAUAAAGAAAAUUUGGGAUUCGGAAGGGUGAAAGUGAUGUUGCGAGUGUCUGAUAAUCAGCCUGAAGGCGAUAAAGGUGUCAGUUACUUAUCAAUUGACAAGAAGAAACGGCAAGUGACACUCAGCGAACCGACGUCAACACAAACACCCCAAACAUCAACGAAUGUUCAAGAUCGCGGUCCAAUGGUCUCUGCACCGAAAAUGUUUGCUUUUGACGCUUUGCACACGAGCGAAGACAGCCAGAUUGAUGUGUGUGCUUCAGCCUUAUCAGAAGUGAUUCCAGCCGUGUUGGAAGGUAGCGAUGGUUGUCUGCUCGCUAUUGGUUAUCCCGGUGCAGGUCAAAACCGUACGAUGUUGGGAUCUGUAGCAUCAUCGAAUGAUUUAGGUGCUAUACCAUGCGCUAUAUCUUGGCUUUAUAAAGGCAUUAACGAGAAGCGUCAAAAGUCAGGAGCGCGAUUUUCCGUUCGAGUGAGUGCAUUGGGCAUUAACGCAACAAAGCCAGGCUCAAGUGCGAAGGAUUUGUUGGCCGCUUUAGCGACAGAUUACUUUAAGCAGCUUAAAGUUUAA